CGAUUUCCAGCCAGGCAGAAUAAUCAAGUCGGCUAUUUUCGCUGCGUCGUGCACAAUCAUGUGACGCGAUCAAUGUAACAAUGUGCAGCGAACGCGUCGGGACGCAUCAACAUGUCAAGCGCGUCCAGUUCCGACGAGUCGCCGCUGCGCUUCCACCCCAGGAGCUUGCAGAACAUGAAGGUCACCCAUGACGGUACCAUCGCGCGCCGCCAAAACACCAGUUUCUUCACCCGGGGGUUGGUAUUCGGGACGCGACCCAUCACACAAGGGGAGAAGAUCACGUUCAAGCUCAUGGAAGUGGCAGAGAAUUUGGGGGGGUUCGUGUACGUGGGGUUCACAUCCAGAGACCCGGACACUCAAGUGGGGGUGUCGUGCCAGAAAAUCGCCAGAGAGUCGGGGUACUGGACGUGGUUUUUCCCGAAGGAGUUGUGCACGCAGGGGCGGAGCUUGUUCUAUUACGUGAACAACGACGGGGAGGUGCGCUACGGUGUGGAUGAUUGUGAAAAGGGGAAGUUCCCGGGUGCGGUCCGCCCCUUGCAGCCGCUGUGGCCACUCUUCGACAUCUUCGGCAACUCUAGCUCCAUCCGUCUGGUGCAAGCCCCGCCUUCUAACAAAUCCACUACCAAUCGAAGAACAGUGCCGCUUUCGUUGCACUCCACCCACAGCCGCAGCCUCCGCGUCACCAAAAACGUGUCGCAGCGGUUGGACAAGGGUUACACACAAGGGUACGUCUUCUCCGAGCGCCCAAUCAAACCCAACGAGGGCGUGCUCAUCCAAAUCUCGCCCAGUCAGCCCGGGCCACGUUUCCAGGGGUUCGUGCAUUUGGGUGUGACUUCCUGCGACCCCGCCCAGCUCCCUCGCGACGACCUCCCCGACAACGUCAACCACUUGGUGGACCGGCCCGAGUACUGGGUGCUCAUUUGUGACUUCUCCAAACUGAACUGCGGCGACGAAAUCGGAUUGACCUUGACCAAGAGCGGGCAGAUCAGUUUUCAUUUGAACGGAGGCAAGUUCAAGGGGGUGGUGCACGUCGACGCGACCUUGAAGCUGUGGCUGUUCGUGAACGUGUACGGCACGACGCAGGCGAUCCACUUGAUGACGUGCCCGGAACCGGCGAAGGACGAGGAGAAAGAGUGCGUCGUUUGCUACGAUAAUGCGAUCGAGGCGGCGUUGUACAGGUGCGGGCAUACGUGCAUGUGUUUCGAGUGUGCUGUGGAGCAGUGGCAGGGAAAGGGGGACGGGCAUUGUCCGCUGUGCAGGGCCGUAAUUAGAGAUGUUAUUAGAAUUAAUAAGUGAAAACCGGUUCGUCUGAAUUUUUGACAGUCAGGCGGCAUAGUCGACAGUCGACAGUGGCGUGCGGUCGGUGUAGUGUAGGGAGUAAAAUCUGCGAUGGCGGAGGUAAGACGAAAUUAAGACGACGGCAAAAAAAGAUUAGACAAGAUUAGAUAAAACGUCACUUUGUGUACUCUAGAAUAAUGCAUUGUGUUAGCAGAUCUAAUACUCAAACAAAACAAAAAAAAAGUUAGGGUCGGACACCUGUUAGAGUUUGUAUAUAAUAAAGUUUUCUCCUGA